AGUCGACGCCUUUGCGUGAAGCCUUGCGUCAGUGUGCCGCCUUUCAGAAAUCAUACAGCGUUGCAGGUAGUGUGAGAGAAAUGGCCAGUCAGUCGAUGGAUAUUGUAGCGAAGGCUCUGGAGCAGCAGGUGCUUCAGUCGGCACGGAUGGUGGAGGAGCAGCUGGAUGCUGAGCUGGACAAGCUGGAGCGCAUGGAUGAAGAUGAGCUGGAGCUGCUGAAGGAGAGAAGACUUGAGGCCCUUAAGAAAGCUCAGAAACAGAAGCAGGAGUGGAUCUCUAAAGGACAUGGUGAAUACAGAGAGAUCCCAAGUGAGAAAGACUUCUUUCCAGAGGUGAAAGAAAGCAAGAGUGUGGUUUGUCAUUUCUACAGAGACUCCACCUUCAGAUGCAAGAUUUUGGACAAGCACCUAGCUAUUUUGGCUAAGAAGCAUCUGGAAACGAAGUUCAUCAAGCUGAAUGUGGAGAAGGCUCCUUUCCUUUCAGAGAGGCUGAGGAUUAAAGUCAUUCCAACGUUGGCGCUGGUGAAGGACGGCAAGACUAAAGAUUAUAUUGUGGGUUUCAGCGAUCUGGGCAACACAGAUGAGUUUUCUACCGAAAUGCUGGAGUGGAGACUGGGCUGUUCAGACAUCAUCAACUACAGUGGAAAUCUUCUGGAGCCGCCAACAGUUGGACAGAAGACAGGGUCAAAGUUCACCAAAGUGGAGAAAAAGACCAUCAGAGGGAAAGGUUAUGACUCGGACUCUGAAUCUGAUGAAGAUUAGAGGACUAAAACAUCACGCUCCGUCUUUCUCAGGGCUUCCUACAUAGCAGUCCUAAGUCUUGUAACACCACGUUGUGUUUUUAAUUUGUGUAACAGCUCCGUGUCUAUUUAAUUUCUUGUCUCUGACCUUUACUCUUUAUUUGAUCAUUACAUGAUGACCAGGCAUUCACUGAUAGUAUAUCAAUACUUUUUGUAAUCCCUUUCAGUUUACUGUCCAGAAGUCUAUUAUUUCUGUGGAACAUAAUUUGUGAAAGAUCAGUCUCUGAUUUAUUUAAUAAGGAAGAUAGAGUUGAUUAAAAAGCUGACAUUUAAAUGGUGGUGCAAACACAAAAAUCCAUAUUUUCUGCCUCUGACGAACUGAUGGUCAGUUCAAUAUACAGCAAACAAGUGCCAAGAAAGCUCACUUCUGUAUUUCAGUAAGAAUCUCCACCUCUUUCUCCCAUUGAUGUGAAGGAAGUGCAAGAUUUUUCUUUUCCAGCAGUACAGGACUUAAUAAAAAAAUGAUUUCA